UCUCCAUAGUAUGGUUGGUCAUUUCGGCAGCGGAGCUCCGGUUGCGGGAUUUCCAUCCAUCGUUCAUAAAGAGUUUGACGGGUUAGGUCGCGACUGUAUCCCGCCUUUAUAGUCAUAACAAGGCGUGUUCUGUAACUGACUCUGAUCUACAUCAACAGCAGCGGGUUAUUCUUUUACUUUCUGUCGCAUUUCCACUCACGCUGAGUGAUUGACAACACGCUGUAACUUGGAGCCGCAGGACACAGACCUACAGGAAGCUGAAGAAUCACAAUGGGACUGAAGACUGAAGACUAGUGUAUGUGAGUGGCUGGAAGACCAUCGAGACCAGAGCUCAGCAGAACCGGUUCUGAUGGCAGAAAACGUCCCGUCUGGUCUGUUGGAGGCGUGUGUGGUGCUCGGAGUAUCCAACGAACGUCUGAAAGAACUAAGCCUGCUGCAGGGUAAGGACAAAGAGCCUCUGGUGGAGGCGGAGGUGCUGCAGGUUCACGCGCCGCCGUUUGUGACGAAGGAGAGUUCCAGUAACGGCACUGAACACGACCACGCUCCGGCCUUCAGCAGAGUCCAGCGGAGACGCUCCUUUAAGAAGAAGAGAGACCGACUGGUUUCCACCAUCAGCAAUUCUGGCCAAACCAACGAACCAGCGGUCGCCGCGUCAGACGACCUCAGCGUACCUCAGAACAUUGACCUGAUAGCCCUGCCGCAGCUCUGCUUCCCAGAUGGGUUGAGAAUAACCAGUGAGAGCAGAGAAGACGACUAUCAUUUCCUGGUGUUCACGGAUGUGUUUGGGAACCAGACUCAUGGUGUGGUGGCUCAGUACUGCAAACCUGUUCACUUCCAUCCAGAUAAUGGGAUUCAUCAAAACGGCCAUCGGCUGAACAAACUCCAGCGUCUGUUCACCACAUACAGCAUCUGUAUCAUCUCCAAAUAUCCAUAUUAUAACGCCCUCAGAGACUGUCUGUCCAGUUUCUUGCUCCAGCUAAAAACGUCCCGCAUGUGUGAGUUUGAAGAGCAGGUGAAGGAGUUUUCUGCCAAACUGGCGCUGGUGCCCAUCCCGCCUCCUGGACCGCUGCAUGUGGUGUUCAAUCUCAGACCCUUUCAGAUUGAACUUCCCUCCAGACUGGAUGUGGAUCGGCCCGUCAUGGACCUCGAUCUUCACCUGCCGUUUCUGUGUUUCAGACCCAAACAGAUCCUGCAGUUUGAGGUGAUUCACUUGAUUUUACGCAUGAUCCUGCUGUGUACAAACUCAAAGGAGCUCAGAGACACAAUUAAAGCUAAAGGGCUUCAGCUUCACUAUGAUCUGGAUGUGUGUCGUGUCGGGAGUCGCACUGACAUCAACGAGCUGCGCGCUCUCAGGAGACAGUGGCAGCACAAAGUCAACACCGUCAUCCUCAACGUCACCAUGGAGCUCAUCGUCAACAUCUUCAGUGAAGUUUGUGACUUCCUGAACUAUGAGCAUCGAGUUUUCAACAGCGAGGAGUUCCUCAGGUCCAGAGAGACGACCGAUCACGAGUUCUACAAGAAGGUUUUAGACACUCAUAUAUUCCACUCAUUUCUACGGGACCGCUUGAACAGGAAGAAUGACGCUUUCACUCACAUGCAGCUGAACAUCCGCUCAGAGACUCGCAGGAUGAGAGCCAUGACAGAGUCUCCUCGCAGACCAGCGAUGGAGGAGAUCAGCAAGUACGUCAGACCAGAGAACGGCCUGAGCAGCAGGCUGGGGGUGAGUAUGCCAAACCUGGCCGACCACCGCCUGCUCACCGUCCCGGUCCGACAGACGUCCAUGAAGACCAUGCCUUUCCACAGCUGUUCCUGGAGUCCCUCAAGGCCAAUCAAAACCUUUAAACUCCCAGAAUUCCCUCCUCCGCUCGCCUACCAAUACGUUCAGAGUUACUACAAUGAUCUCAUCAAAGAGUUGAGCAAAGCCAUCUCCACGGCAACCCCAGAUGACUCCGCCAUCCUGGCCCGUUAUUAUUACUUACGAGGACUGGUGAACUCUGUUGCCGGAAAACGCGUGGAUGCCCUCGGAGACUUCCAGAGCUUGUAUAAGACAGACAUGGACAUCUUUCCUGCCGAGCUGCUGAACGCGCUGGUCGAGUCUCUGCCGGCGGAGGAGAGGAGGAUGGCCGAGCGACGCCCCGAUUUGAAGCGUCUGAUCAGCCGGGUGAAAAGAGAGAAUGAACGGGAGCGGGCGCGACCGAUGGAUGGCGGGACGGUGAAGAGAUUCGAACUGCCUAAGAAACACUUGCACAUGGAGGACUUUGUGCGGCGCGUUCAGGAAUCUGGCAUCGUGAAGGAUCAGGACACAAUCCAGCGGCUGUUUGAGGCGCUCACUGUGGGUCAGCAGAAGCAGGUGGAUCCAGAGACCUUCUGCUUCUUCUACAUCUUCUGGAAGGAGACCGAAGCGGCGGCUCAGGACGUGGAUCUGCCGGUCGUCGUGCUGGAGCACCUGGAGACGGACGAAUGUGUCUACAAGCUCUCGUCCUCGGUGAAGACCAGCCACGGCGUGGGGAAGAUCGCCAUGACCCAGCGCAGGCUCUUCCUGCUGACGGAGGGCCGGCCGGGAUACGUGGAGAUCACCAAGUUCAGAGAUAUUGAGGACGUGAAGAUAUCGUCCGCUCCUUUCCUUCUGCUGAGGAUCCCAGCGCUGAAGAUCAAAACCUCCCUCAGGAAGGAGACGUUCGAGGCCAAUCUGAAGUCGGAGUGUGACCUUUGGCACCUGAUGAUCAAAGAGAUGUGGGCCGGCAGGAAGAUGGCGGACGAUCAUAAGGACCCUCAGUUCAUGGAGCAGGCCUUGACUAACGCUCUGCUGAUGGAUGCUGUGGUCGGCUGCCUGCAGUCACAGAAAGCCAUCUUCGCUGCUACCAAACUGGCCUACUUCGACAAGAAGAAGCUUGAGGUCCCCAUGAUGGUCCCUAAAACAACAUCUGAGACCCUGAAACACAAGAUCAACCCGUCUCUGGACCAGACGUCACCUCAGGCCGUGGACGUCCUGCUCUACACGCCUGGUCAGCUGGGCGUUUCGGAGCUGGACGGUGGAGGAAACCCAAAGCUGUGGUGCGCUUUGAGCGAUGGGAAGGUGCUGGUGUUCGACGCGGCCAGCUGGUCCAUGCAGUACAACUCUGUUCAAGUGGGAAAGUCCCGUCUGAAUUGCAUGCUGGCAGUGAACGAGCAGCAGCUGUGGAUCGGCUCAAUGGAUUCGUUCAUUUACAUCAUAAACCCGCGGAGCGUUUCUUGCAAUAAACAACUGACGGAGCACCGUGGCGAGGUCACCGGACUCGCCCUGGAGGAGAGAACUGACAAAUUCAGUCAGACGGUGGCGUACUCGUGCAGUGAAGAUGGCAGUGUGAUCGUGUGGGACGUUUCGACGCUGCAGGUCAGACGGCAGUUCAGAGUCUCCUGUGACAGACUGCAGUGCAUCCAGAUCCAUAGCGGCAUGCUGUGGUGCUGUGGUCGUGAUUGUCUGCUGGAAGUGCGCAGGAACGGCACGGUUCAUCGUAAGGUGUCUCUUCCAGAUCACCUGCUGAGUUCACCGAGGGGCUUCAGCAGUUUCCUGCUCUUUAACGAGUCGGAGCAGCUGUGGGCGGGUUUUGCAGACGCAGGUGAGCUGUGUGUGUGGCACUGCAGAGACCUGAACAAACCCUUCAUCAGGAUCCAGCUCAAAGACUGCGCCGGCGUCGUCUGCAUGAUCAAAGUCAAGAACCAGAUCUGGGUGGGCUGCCAGGGGAAGACCCGCGGGAAGAUCUACGUGGUGGACACGGAUCGAUACACGGUGGAGAAGGAGCUGAUGGCACACGACGACAGCGUUCAGACUCUGUGCUCGGCUGAAGAUCGCUACGUGCUCAGCGGAGCCGCGCGGGCCGACGGCAAAAUCGCCAUCUGGAAAGUUGAGUAGAAACCAGCCGGAACGUGUGAUCCGGUUCAGCCUUACAAAACACAAUUUCUCAAUCAGAUAUGAACAUUUAUAGACAAGUGAAGCAUAUCUUCAAAAAUAAGAGACCAUGCAUGACCAUAAAUGCAUAGAUGCACAGUGUAAAUGAAGAAACGCAGUGCAAACACACACUGCCAGAUGAAAAACAGUGGCCAUUUACAGCCAAAUCAUGCAAAUUCUCACAUUCAUAUAUCAUUUCAGCGUUAAUUUGCUGGUUACAUGAAUAUGAAAUGUAAAUAUGGAAGGGA